GUCUGUUCUGGAAGGAUGACAUCGCCCAGGAUGUGAUGACCCAAAAGAUGGAGCACAUCAGCAGACUCCAGCUCCAAGAUCCAUGUCUGACGGGUGGGAAGGCAGUUUUUCCCACUAAAACCACUGGGGUGAGGGGCAAGCAAGAGGAGAAACUUCAACUCUUACUCCCCAAGAGCCCAAUGGCCAAGGUGAACAAGCAACAGUGCUUUACUUCCAAAGUGGUCUUGAAGGCCUUGAAACAAGAGGUGGUCAAGCCUGUCAAG